CCACAAAAUCGAGGUCAAAUCAGAACCAAUCGGGACAACAUCUUCGAUACCUUUAGUUUCAAGGGACUGGCUGAUGCCUUUUUCCUUGCCUCCUGCUUCGACUCGCCCAGAGGUCACAGCCAUGGCGGAAGCGGUUCACGCAUGACUGCGCACACGGACAGCCAAAGUUGGCGUCCUCGCAGGGACACUUCGGGUAACAGCCUCGUUGGACGGCGUCCCGGCGUGCUUGUCCUUCAGUCUAAUGCUGUGGGCACAAACAGCACUUGA